UAGAAAAAAGCAAAAUCAAACAACCAUACAAGAAAAAAAAACCCAUUUUAUUUUUAUAACUCUUCUCUAGUCUUCUCCAAAUGGAAUGGACUAGAGGAAGAAUCCUAGGCCGAGGCUCGACAGCCACCGUCUACGCCGCCACGUUUCACAAUUCAGAUGAAAUCCUCGCCGUUAAAACCUCCGAGCUUCACCGGUCAGAGUUCUUGCAAAGAGAAGCCAAGAUUCUCUCUUCGUUGAAGUCUCCUUACGUGAUCGGAUACAGAGGAUCAGAAACCAAGAGAGAGUCAAACGGCGUCGUUACUUAUAAUAUUUUGAUGGAGUACGCACCGUACGGAACGUUGACUGACGCGGCGGCGAAAAACGGAGGCAGAGUCGACGAGACUCGGGUCGUGAAGUACACGCGCGAGAUAUUAAGAGGAUUGGAGUAUGUACACUCGAAAGGUAUCGUGCAUUGCGAUGUAAAGGGAAGUAACGUGGUUGUUUCGGAGAAAGGUGAAGCCAAGAUUGCGGAUUUCGGGUGUGCGAAACGGGUUGACCCGGGAUUCGAGUCGAUGAUUAUGGGAACGCCGGCUUUUAUGGCCCCGGAGGUGGCGCGUGGGGAGAAACAGGGGAAGGAGAGUGAUAUAUGGGCGGUUGGGUGUACGGUGAUUGAAAUGGUUACGGGUUCUCCACCGUGGGCAGAGGUGAAUUCGAGGGAGGAUCCGGUUUCGGUUCUUUAUCGGGUUGGGUAUUCGGGUGAAACUCCGGAGCUUCCUUGUUUGCUUGCGGAAGAAGCAAAGGACUUUUUGGAAAAGUGUUUCAAGAGGGAAGCUAAGGAGAGAUGGACAGCGACACAACUCCUAAACCAUCCGUUUUUGUUAACUAAACCGGACAUUGAACCGGCUUUGGUUUCCGGUUUUGUUUCAAGCUCACCGACAAGUGUGACAGAUCAAACGUUUUGGAGAUCAGUAGAAGAAGAGGAAGAAGAAGAAACAGAGGAACUACAGAAGGAUUCGAGAGAUCUUGACCGUUUAAACUUGUGGGGUUGUUACUCGGAGAGGAUCGGACGGCUGAGAUGUGUUGGUGGUUUGGAUGGACCCAGAUGGGAUAUGGAGGGUGGGGAUUGGAUUACGGUGAGAGUGAGAUGUGAAGGAACAAUGAUUAGUGGGUCACAAGAGGAAUUGAUUAUUAGUGAAAAUGAAUUGGUGGGGGAAUUGUAAAUUUGAUUUGGGGUCAUUUGGGUGAAUUGUAGAAAGCUUAGGGGUUGAAAUUAGGGAAGAUCUCCAAUUUAGGGGAGAUCAAUGUAGCUUAUUAGUCUCCGAAUCUUCGAUUGAUC